AUGCUUUAUUUGAAAAUUGAACAGGAUACGGCUAACACAAGUCAAACAAGUAGCACAGAUAUAGUGGCAAAAUAUGGCUAUGUCCUGACUAAUAACGCGAAACUUGGUUCAGGACGUUACGGUAAAGUAUGUGAAGCUAUACAUACUAAGACUCAACAAAAGGUGGCAAUAAAAAUAAUUGAUACACGAAAAUUAAAAUGGGAAUACAGAACAAAGUUCUUGCCACGUGAGAUUCAGUCAUGGAAACGCUUUCGUCAUCCAAAUUUAGUGGCUCUGCACUGUGUCUUUGAAGUCAAUGGCAAAAUUUACAUGCCAAUGGAUCUUGCCGAAAGGGGUGAUCUUCUAACAUACGUGCAGAAAUAUGGUGCGCAGUCAGAAUGCACUGCAAAAAAAUGGAUGCGACAAAUCAUCUCAGGGUUGUGUCACAUGCAUAUGCGUGAUAUAGCACAUCGAGAUUUGAAAUUGGAAAAUAUCCUGCUUUUCAAUGACGAUACAAUAAAAAUUGGAGACUUUGGAUUCUGCAGGAAGGCUAUAGAAGGUGAACUAUCAAUGACAUUUUGUGGCUCUCGAUCAUAUUCAGCCCCAGAAAUUCUUCUGGGUAAAGAAUAUAUACCAAUGAAGGCAGAUAUAUGGUCACUUGGCGUCGUAGCUUACAUAAUCGUCAGCAACCGAAUGCCAUUUAAUGAACAAGAAGGUAGUAACUCAAUUAUCAUUGAAGCACAACGCACGCGUGCAUAUCAAUACUCACGAAGAUGGCAGUUAACUUAUGACUGCCAAAAUACCAUUGAUAGCAUGAUGACGUUUGACUUCAAUGCUAGGCCGGACAUACACCAGGUAAAGAAUUUGCCUUGGUUCCAAGUACCAAAGGCAUCAAAGGUAAAUCAAGGAAAUGGAUUCGAUAAAGCUAAUGUAUAG